AUGAGUAUCAAGCCUCUGUACUUCGGACCUGAUAGCUUCGAGUGCCACCCGAACCUGGAUGUUCAUCCCUUCUUCCCCGCCAACAUCGUUUCCGGUUGGUCACAACUGGAGUUCUUGGCAUCAGUCAGCGGUUCAACACAUGUGAAUCUAAGUCAGGCUCAAACUCGAACAUCCCAAAACACGGUCCUCAUCAAGGAGAACUGCCUGGAUGAGUUGCAGCGUGAUAUCAUUGUAGGACGGGAGGUAAAACUAAGGACAAUCAACCUCAGCGCCGUCCGCCCCAGCCCGGAGGCACCAUCAGCAAAACAACCCAAUGUGCAGGAGACAAGAAACACUGGUCAGGGCAAAGCCGAUGACAGUGGCGCUAAUAUGCUGCCUGUGCAUACUCUGCUCUUUAACCAUGCCGCUGAGUCGGUGGCCAUGUCGUGUGUCCUGAACACCAUGUCAAAGAGAGCCUGCCAACACUUCGAGGAGAAGGAUGAGGAGGGUUUGGUCGAGACUGCGAAGGCGUUGAGUGUCGUUGAAGGAUUCGAGGAGUACGAGUGCACCAUCAUCACUCGAAAGUAUAGCUCAAUCCUUGCAGAGAAAGGCGUGGCAGGUCUCAGGAAGAACCUGAUCAUCGACCGAGGAGCCAUACACAAGGAGCACGCGGAUCUGGAGGAGUUGCCAGAGAUCUCGAACAUCGAGUUUAAAAGGCCGGGCUGCACGGAGCGAGAUCUUGCUCUCCAAAAUCGCAAGAACGUCAGGUUGGCCCGAUGCAUCCAAGAGGCGCAUGUUGCUCUCCGGGUAGAGGAUGCCUUAGUCAUGAUGGCUGAUGUCGCAGGGUUCGUUGGGAUCUUUUACCAAGUCAAGCCGAUGGGCGACAUCGCGAUUGCAGGGGAGACGACCUCGACCAUGGUCCAUCUACCUCGAAGCGCUGGAGGCUUGGAGGCGUUUUUGGAGGACAUCUCCCAUGCCAUCAUGUGGAACUUUAUGGUGUUGAGAGCAAAGGAGCGUCAUGAUGUCGUGUUAGAGAAGGCCAAGAUGGCGAAUGGUGUCAAAAUGUCAAGCGAUACAACCCACUCAGCCUCGGAGAAAAAGUUCCAGAACAACAUGAUGCUCACACCUUCGCAAAAGAGGUCCUGGACAGGUCGAAUCAGGAUACAGAUCUCGCCGAACCCUCUACAGGAUAUCCGAACCCUCGUGCCACCAUCAUCGCCAACAGAGGAGGUGCUGAAGCGGAGACAGCGUUGA